AUGACGGUCCGACAAUUUUCAUGUCCCGAGAAGGAAAACGAUUUUGACUGCAAAAAUAUUUCGUCCUGCCGAGUGAUGAGCAGUAAAGGCGAGGACUAUCCAUUCAUCUUCACCACAAACCUACCGCGGUACGUGAUGAAACCCCGCCACUGCCUGUACCCAAUGACGCACUUCAUCCACGAAGGCAGCGAGUACUUUUCUCUGCGCUGCAAAAACGUACCCAGCAACUGCAUCGCUUGGUGCACUGCCUACGAGCGUCGCACCCUGUUCUUGUCCCGAGGCAUGCCCCUGGGCAAGGCCUUCACCAGCCCUCUUGCAGCUGCUGCAGCUCAGCGGGGUUCGGACGGGCCUCGCAGAGAGACCACCAGCAUCAGCAACAAGACCGCAGUGGCUUCUUUGCCGAAAUCCAUGAAUCUGCAUACCUCUGAUACUGACGUGCCGAUCUUUGGGCCGGGCGACGACGAAGAAAAGGCAGCAGAAGGAGAAGAAGAAGGGAACCCGGGUGCGGAAGAAGUGCUGGGAGAAGAAGAAGAAGAAGAAGAAGUGUAUGUGCCAGGAACGCAGUCUCCGGAAAUUGUGGAGAACGGCAUGGCUGAGGAACCGAGUUGCGAAGACGUCAAGGGCAAUCCUCUGUGGACCUUCUGGCUCUACCUGUUCAUCCGCACGUUCGCCGAACUGUUCCCAGCAGCUGUGGUCGCCCUGCUGGACGCUGCAGUCCUCCGCCUGUCUUCCGUCCCCGACCUCAACUCCAGCAGCAUCAGCUCCAGCACUGCCAUCAGCAACAGCAGGGCCCACUUUGGCUCUCAGCACGUCUGGGGCCUGGUUGCCAUGUCCCUCUUCUCCCCACUGUGCGGCUAUCUCAUGGACAUCCACUCGGGGGCGUUCAAUUUCGUGGACUUUGCCGCGUGUUUCUACGCCCUGGCUGCCCUGAUGAUCAUCACGGCUGUGUUGGCAGCAGUGUUGCCGUUCGGAGCGGAGCCGUUUUGUCGGUCCUGGUGGAAAGACAUGGGCCGAGUCCUGGGCAACAUUGAGCUGGUGGCCAUGUUUUGCGUGUGUCUGGCACUGGGGGUGUAUUGGGGUGGACUGGAGACGUUUCUCUACUGGUAUUUGGAGGACCUGGGGGCCCCGAGGGUGCUGUUGGGCGCCACGAUUGCCGCGGGCGCCGUGCCGGCCAUCCCGGUGUUUUGCGCCAUUCAGCCGAUCAUCAGGGUGUGCGGACACGCCAAUUUGCUGAUCAUUGCUUUGACUGUGUAUUCUGCGAGACUCGCUGGUUAUUCAGCAAUCACGAAUCCGUGGGUGAGUCUUCCCUGGGAAGCAUUGGAGGUGUUCACUCUGCAUCUGGCCUGGGCAGCAGCGUUGAUGUACGCUUACGAAAAGUCUCCGAGAUCGCUGACUGCGACAACACAGGCGCUCGUCACCAUCAUUCACUUCGGAGUUGGACGAGGACUCGGAAGUCUGCUCGGUGGAUACGGAAUCAGCGUUUUCGGAGCGAGGAACACACUUCGAAUGGCCUCGGUUUCCGCUGCAGUGUUGGCUGUGGUCUACCUCGCCUUCUACCACCUGUUCCUGAGGGUGCAUCGAUGCCGACGGGAAAAGGACUUCGAUCGGCGAAUGAGGAUGGAACGCGAGGAAAUGAUGAAACCGAUGGCACAAGGUGGAUCCUAUCCUCCUGUUAUUCUGACCACACCGGGACCAAAAACUUGGCGCAAUGGAGUUACGUGAGCUGCUGUGCUGUGGAGUCAGAAAGACAUUUUCUGGUUUUCGUGUUCCCUUCGGAAAAUUUUCUAUGAUCGGAAUCGAGGAUUUUUAAAUCAUGGAAAAAGUUCGCUUUGUCACUUUCUAUUUCUUUUUUUUUUGUGAGCAAAAUUUUGCCUUCAUUAGCUGAGACGAAAACUUCGCCGCUCAGCACAAUGUGAUUUUUUUUUGCCUUCCUUGAACAAGUUCAGCAGCAGGCCAGUCAUCAAUUUUGAUUUGUAAUUUAGGUUAGUAAAUUUCACUGUCUUACAAUUGCUUGACGAACUUGUUUUAUUGACGUGGAAUGCAUUUUGAUCGCACCGUUUUUUUUUUGUAUUGCUCCGAUUUUAUUCCCGAAUGAUUUUUUUUUUUGAAUACUGCGAUGAAGUGAUUGUUGUAACUGGGUGGGAUGAAGGGGAGCUUGGAGACUUGUGUUCGCUGUUGCCGUCUUCCAGCGAGUAUCGAGUCUGUUUGUCAUUUCCUGAAGCUUUCGGAAGGCGAUGGAAAUUAUUCACACGUGGCCAUAUUCGUUAGAUCUGAUAGACGCGAAGCGGUUGAGUGAGAAAUAAAUUUUGUCGUAUUUGUAAAAGAAGCUGA